AUGGCCGCAGUCAGUGAGGGUGGCAACCCCGCCUUCCACAACUACAAUGACCUCCAGAUCGAGGAUCCGCGCGAGCGCCGCCGCCGUGCCCUCGCCGAGAUCGACAAUGCCAAGUUCGGCUGGCACCACGUCCGCGCCGUCAUCGUCGCCGGCGUGGGUUUCUUCACCGAUUCGUACGACAUCUUCGCCAUCAACCUGGCCUCCAGCAUGCUGGGUGUCGUGUUCUGGCAGGACGCCAAGUCCGGCGCCGGCAAGAUCCCCUCCUCUGCGGACACUGCCAUCAAGGUGUCCACGUCGGGUGGCACGGUCAUCGGCCAGCUGCUCUUCGGCUGGUUGGCGGACCGGAUUGGUCGGAAACGGAUGUAUGGUAUCGAGCUGAUGAUCAUUAUCGGCGCUACCCUGGCGCAGUCUCUGUCCUCGGAUUCGACCGCGUUAUCUAUCGUGGGUGUGCUGAUCUUCUGGCGUGUUAUCAUGGGUAUUGGUAUUGGUGGGGAUUAUCCGCUGUCGUCCAUUAUUACUUCCGAAUUCGCCACCACCAAAUGGAGAGGUGCCAUGAUGGGCGCCGUCUUCGCCAUGCAGGGCUUCGGCCAGUUCGCCGCCGCCAUCAUCGCGCUGAUCGUCACCGCCGGCUUCAAGGAGUCGCUCCAGACCGCCAGCUCCGUCGGCAAGUGCUCCGGGGUCUGCCAGCUCGCCGUCGACAAGAUGUGGCGUGUGGUUAUUGGGUUCGGCGCCGUUCCCGCGUGCAUUGCCCUGUACUACCGACUCACCAUCCCGGAGACGCCGCGGUACACCUUCGACGUCGCCCGCGAUACCAUCAAGGCCAACGAGGAUGUUCGUGCGUACAUGUCCGGCAAGCGCGAGGGCCACCCGGACGAGAUGCAGCGCGCGUCUGUCCUGCAGGAGACCUCGGCCGAGGCUGUUGCGCCCAAGGCCAGCUGGGCGGAUUUCUGGCGCCACAACCUGCAGUGGAAGAACGGGCGCAUUCUGCUGGGUACGGCGGGAUCGUGGUUCUUCCUUGAUGUUGCCUUCUACGGUCUCGGCCUCAACAACUCCGUCAUCCUCGGCGCCAUCGGCUGGACCGGCGGCGGCAACGUCUACGAGGUCUUCUACCGCACCGCCGUCGGCAACCUGAUUCUGAUCUGCGCGGGCGCCAUCCCCGGCUACUGGAUGACGGUAGCGACGGUCGACACGAUCGGCCGCAAGCCCAUCCAGCUGGGCGGCUUCAUCAUCCUCACCAUCGUCUUCAUCGUGAUCGGGUUCGCCUACGACCCGCUGAAAAACUCCAACAACGGCCUGCUGGCGCUGUACGUCAUCGCGCAGUUCUUCUUCAACUUCGGCCCCAACGCCACCACCUUCAUCGUCCCCGGCGAGUGCUUCCCCACGCGCUACCGCUCGACCUCGCACGGUCUCAGCGCGGCGUCGGGCAAGGUCGGCGCCAUCAUCGCGCAGUGUGUGUUUGGGCCGCUGGUGCACAAGGGCUCCAGCGACCCGUCGAAGUCGCCCUGGCUCAACCAUGUCAUGCAGAUCUUUGCGCUGUUCAUGCUGUGCGGAUGCUUCACCACGCUGCUGAUUCCGGAGACGAAGCGCAAGACGCUGGAGGAGUUGUCUGGGGAGGAUGAUGUGGAUACGCUGGUUGGUGGGUCGCCCAUGAUUCAUGGGAAGGUCGAGGAGAACGCGAAGUAG